GCUCCUCUUCUCAAUUCUCUACCGAAAUUGAGAUUGACCCAUUGCUCUAAGUUUGAUCCGAAGAAAACCUGCGUUGCAUCUGGAUUGAUGAGUUGUGACCAAAGGAGGGCGAUUCCCCGGCAGUCCCUGAACGCAUGCAAGGUGCUCUCCGGCUGGUUAGUGUAGAAGGGGCAUCCAUCACUCCCCCCAAAUAAACGACUCCUUCUCUCAUUAGUGAUGAGUCUAUUAUGCAUCAUUCUCCAGAGAGUGGUUUUUGCCUUUUGGGGUCCCUUCCAUUGCCACAAUUUGCUCCAAUUUGUGGUUGAUGGAGGGGGCCAAUUGGCUAGGGCUCUAUAGGUUGCCGCCACGGAGUAGUCACCAUCUUCUGAGAGCCUCCAUCCUUGUCUAUCCUUACCAUUGUUGCUGUUGGGCGGCGGUUGGGCGAGCACUCUUGCUGUAAUGUUAUUUGGGAGGUAAGAUUUCAAUUUUUCUUUAUUCCAUCCUUCAGUAUCAUUUGCCCAUUCCCAAACUGAACUGUUGAGGUCCAGAUUAAGUUGGGUUGCAUGAUUUUUCAGGGUAUCAUCAAUUCCUUCGACCCAUCUGUCUAGCCAGAAGUUGGUAGCACGACCGUCUCCCACAAAGGUCACCGAGAGAUUUUGGAAUGUGUCCCAGAGCUUUGCAAGGUCUUUCCACAGGUGUUCCACCCGCGGUGUUUUAAAAGAAAGCCGACCUAUACCUCGUCCCGGCGAACAGCAGCAUAACUAAUCUGAAAUUACUAAAAGCUCGGACAGCAAGGAGGUCGGCCUGGGUAACUCGGAUGGAACAUUUGGCGCCCACCGUGGGGCCCGAGGAAAUAACAACCCCACUAAACCUAAGUUUCUUUUCUGGCUUUGUGCUCUCUCUCUCUCUCUCUCUCUCUCUCUCUCUCUCUCUUUUCAGGACUCCUCAAAUCUCAGAGGAUGGCUGACAACGGAAUACAGCAACCCACGCAAGCUGAGCUCUUAGCCCAGAUUUCCGAGCUCCAAGCGGAAGUCCGAAGGAUAGCCGAGUUGUCGUCCAACAACCGAACAACAAAACAUGGUGGGGAAGACCCCAAGAGCUCAAACCAGAAUGACACGGAAUCCCAAAAGCUCACCCCGCCAAAAGAGAAGCUGACCAUAGAUAACCCCUUCUUGGAAGACAUCAUGAAAUUUCAAAUGCCAAAAAAUUUCGUCCUGCCUACUACCCUUGAACCAUAUAAGGGAUUUGGUGAUCCUCGCGUCCAUAUUAGAAAAUUUCAAUCUAUGAUGUUCUUUAAUGGUGCCUUUGAGCCCAUACUUUGUCGAGCUUUUCCUACCUAUUUAGAUGGUUCUGCAUUACUCUAGUUCUCUAAGUUGUCUACAGGUUCAAUCUCUUCUUUUGAAGAACUGGCGAGAUCCUUCAUUGAUUAUUUCGCUGCGUCAAGAAUAUAUGUGCAUGGGACAGACUAUCUGAGCACCAUCAAGCAAGGGGAGCACGAGAGCCUAAAGGAUUACAUGACGCGGUUUGCUGAGGCAACCAUGGAGAUUCCAGAUCUGAGCCCAGAGGUCCACCUACACGCUCUCAAGAGCGGCCUCAGACCUGGCAAGUUCCAAGAGACGAUCGCAGUAUCAAAACCAAAGACGUUAGACGAAUUUCGAGAAAAAGCCGCUGGCCAAAUGGAGAUUGAAGAGCUUCGGGAAGCUCGAAAGACAGACAAGCAACAACCGAGAAGAGAAGAAGAAAAGACCUUUAGAUCACAAAGCAGCAAAGAGCUGAAGAAGCCUUUCAAACUCAACCCAAAGUUCGACAACUAUACCCGGUUCAACACAAAGAGGGAAGACAUUAUAAAAGAAAUUCUACACGCCAAGAUGAUCAAACCUCCAAAUAGGGCAGGCAAUUAUCAGGAUCAGAGGUUCGUAGACAGAACAAAGCAUUGCGCCUUCCAUCAAAAAUUCGGCCACACAACAGAUGACUGUGUGGCAGCAAAGGAUCUACUGGAACGGUUGGCAAGACAAGGACUCUUAGACAAAUAUGUUGACGGGAGGAAGAAUAGAGGAGGAAUCAAAACACCGGAGAUUAACCAAGGGAAGGAGGAGAAUGACAAAAAACAAUGGACAAACCAAAACCAACCACGAGGAGUCAUAAACUGCAUCUUAGGUGGUUUCGCCAGUGGAGGUACAACAAGUUCGGCUCGGAAGCGAAGCUACAGAGCAAUGUUGGCAGUUGAAGGGCCGACCUCCCUACCCAAGGAUACACCCACUGGAGAAAUCACUUUCACAGCCUCGGAUUGCAAAUCAGCAAGUCCAAAUCUCGACGACCCUGUUGUCAUCUCAGUGCAAGUGGGAGACCUAUUGGUAAGAAAGGUCUUACUAGACCCAGGUAGUAGUGCUGAUGUUCUCUUUUACUCCACUUUUCAAAAAAUGAACUUAUCCGAUAAGGCCAUUCAACCUCACUCCGGAGAUCUGGUUGGAUUCUCAGGAGAAAGGGUACAGGAAAUGGGAACUAUUUGGUUAAGAACUGUUUUGGGGGAAACCCCUCUCACAAAAACGAUUGAUAUUAGAUACAUCAUAGUAGAUUGUAUAAGCCCAUACAACAUCAUUUUAGGCAGACCAGCUUUAAAUACUUUUGGUGCAAUUGUAUCCACUUUACAUCUGUGUGUUAAGUUUCCAGUACAGGACGAACUCAUCGCUACAGUACAUGCCGACCACAAAGAAGCACGGCAAUGCUACCACACUAGCUUAAAACAACAAGAAUUGAACAAAGCAAUUCCAGCAUGGGUACAAGCCGUGUACAGCUCGGAUGACCCUCCUCCCCUUAAUGAGCUCGACCCAAGGGAGGAAUUCCGAGAACGACCUCAAGCACUGGACGAGCUUGAGAAGGUAACGUUUUAUGGAAGUACUAACAAGUUUACAUACAUAGGUAAUGCACUUUCAGGUAAGGAAAAAGCUCGACUAAUAAAGCUCCUCAGAGACAACGCCGACCUCUUCGCAUGGACACCAACAGAUAUGCCAGGCAUCAACCCCAGCAUUAUAUGCCAUAAGCUAGCCGUGGACCCAACAGUCAAGCCCAUGGCUCAAAAGAAGCGCAACUUGGGAGAGGAAAGAUGACAAGCAUCCUUAGAGGAAACCAAAAAACUAUUGUCAGCAGGAUUUAUCGAAGAAGUAAGGUUCACAACAUGGCUGUCAAACAUCGUAACGGUAAGAAAGAACACAGGUAAAUGGCGCAUGUGCGUCGACUUCACAAACCUUAACAAGGCAUGCCCCAAAGAUGCAUAUCCACUACCUUGUAUUGACAAGCUGGUAGAUAGCGCAUCCGGUUUUAAUUGUCUAAGCUUCAUGGAUGCAUAUUCUGGAUACAAUCAAAUUCUAAUGCAUCCUGAAGACCAACAUAAGACUGCAUUUAUAACAGAAUUUGGAAAUUAUUGUUACACAGUAAUGCCUUUUGGCCUUAAGAACGCAGGUGCAACAUACCAGCGACUAAUGGAUAAAAUGUUUAGAAAUCAAAUUGGGAGAAACAUUGAGGUCUAUGUCGACGACAUGGUAGCCAAAACAUCACAAGGGAACUCACAUUGCGAUGACUUAACCGAGGUCUUUGGUCAAAUCCGAGCAUAUAACAUGAGGCUAAACCCGGAAAAAUGCACUUUCGGUAUACAAGGUGGAAAAUUUCUGGGCUUUAUGUUGACAUCCAGGGGAAUCGAAGCAAAUCCUGAGAAAUGUGCUGCGAUACUUGACAUGACCUCGCCGAAGACUGUGAAGGAGGUGCAAAAGCUCACAGGAAGAAUAGCAGCCUUGUCCCGGUUCCUGCCGGCAAUAGCAGACAGAUCUUAUCAUUUUUUCCAAGCAAUAUCGAAGCAUAAACAGUUCACUUGGACAAAUGCCUGCGAAGAAUCUUUCAGGAAGCUGAAAGCAAUGCUGACGUCUCCCCAGAUACUACAGAGUCCGGAGGAGGGUAAACCAUUAUAUUUGUAUUUAUCUGUAUCUAAUCACGCUAUAAGUUCGGCUCUUGUGCUUGAAACAGGAAAAACACAAAAACCAGUAUAUUUCGUCAGCAAGGUCCUACAGCCCACCGAGCAAAGAUACCCAAUGGUAGAGCAACUGGCUCUAGCCCUGAUCACCACAGCAAGAAGGCUCAGACAUUAUUUCCAAAGCCACACCAUCAUCGUGCGGACAGAUCAACCCCUUCGGCAAAUAUUAGCAAAACCGGAAGUAGCAGGAAGGUUGAUCAAAUGGUCUAUCGAAUUAUCAGAAUUCGAUAUCCAGUAUCAACCCAGGCCAGCUUUGAAGUCACAAAUCCUGGCGGACUUCAUUGCUGAGUUCACCUGUCCACAUAACACCGCCGGACCGAGCACAGGGAUGAUGUAUGUUGACGGAGCAUUAAACAAUGAAGGAAGCGGAGCAGGAAUUAUACUUGAAUAUGAGGACACAAUCAUAGAACAGUCCGUAAGAUUCUCUUUUGAAGCCAGAAACAAUCAAGCGGAAUACGAAGCUUUACUAGCCGGAUUAAACCUCGCCAUCAAACUACAGAUACCAAGAAUCGUCGUACAUUGUGAUUCGCUGUUAAUAGUACAACAGGUGAACGGAUCUUUCCAGGUAAAGGACCCCUUACUAGAGCGAUAUUGGAAUAUGGUAAGAAAACUUAUCUUGACAUUUGAUAAUUUCAAAAUUAUUCAUGUCCCAAGAGGAAAUAACCAGAGAGCAGACAUAUUAUCUAAGUUGGCAACAAGCAGAAAAGGCACUUCGCCCAAACUGUCACAAUUAACUCUAGAAGAACCUAGCGUAAACCUAACAUAUAUUUUAAGCAUGUCACAGGAACUAGAUUGGAGAGUACCCAUCAUAGAUUAUCUCCUCCACGGAACAAUACCUACCAGUGAGACAAACCCAAAUCUAUUCCGAAGACAAGCAAGCUUCUAUGUGUUGGUCGGCGCCGAGCUAUACAGGAGAGGAUUUUCACAACCACUCCUCAAAUGCCUAAGCAAAAAGGAAUCAGAAGAAGCCAUGGACGAAGUCCAUGAAGGAGUCUGCGGAAAUCACAUAGGUGGGAGAAGCCUAGCAGCAAAGCUACUCAGAGCAGGUUACUACUGGCCGACCAUAAGAAAAGAUUGCAUAAACAAAGUAGAAAAAUGCGAUCACUGUCAAAAACAUGCAACGAUAAUGCACAGCCCUGCCGAGGUGUUGCAUAGCACGGAGGUAAGUUGGCCAUUUUUUAGAUGGGGAAUGGACAUCUUAGGACCAUUUCCAACAGCACCAGGUCAGGUAAAAUUUCUCUUAGUAUGUAUAGACUACUUUUCUAAAUGGAUUGAAGCAUAGCCAUUGGCACGAAUCACUGCAAAAAAGGUACAAUCUUUCCUUUGGAAAAGCAUCAUUUGUUGAUAUGGAAUUCCAGGUAUUUUCUGGCUAAAAUUGAGGGUCCUGAGCAAAAAUCUGAUUCAGAGGCUGAAAAGGACUGCAGAUGCUGUUGGAUUCUGACCUCCCUGCACUCGGAAUGGAUUUUCUAGAGCUACAGAAGCCCAAUUGGCGCGCUCUCAACGGCGUUGGAAAGUAGACAUCCUGGGCUUUCCAGCAAUGGAUAAUAGUCCAUACUUUGCCCGAGAUUUGAUGGCCCAAACCGGCGUUGCAAAUCAGCUUCAGAAUUCCCAGCGUUUAACGCUGGAACUGGCAUAAAAAUUGGAGU